CUUAAAGAUCACAAAAACUUUUUUAUCUUCAAAGUUUUAAGAUAAUUUCAAAAUUUGCGAUAGUUGUGCAAUAAUUUUGUAAAACUUUAACUUUGUGGCCGGAAAGUGACAAUAAUUGUACUAAUUUUGCUCAUUUAAGCUGAAUUGUGAUCAAAUUUAGAGUUUAUAACAAGUUAUUCUUGAGAUUCGCUAAAAAGCACAAAAAAAAAUAGGAACGUUAAAAAACAAAUGUGUCAGUGACGUUGCAUAAAACAUUGAGAAUCUUAAAAGCUUUUGAAGGCUGCGAUUUAAAAUGAAUCUUUGGAUUUAUAUUUUAUUUUGUGGAUUAUUUUGGCUAACAAAUCAAGUCUCGGCUCAGACUGCAAAUUGUGAUUACAAAUAUGAAAAUCACUUGAUUCAAGGCUUUAAAACCUUAAAUACUUCUUAUUAUAGAUGUGAUUUGGACACAAGACAAGCAAAUUAUAAUGAAAAAUUAACAAGAAUUGAUGGACAACAUGGAACUGGACUUAGUGAUGCUGAUGUGAAAUCGAUUGUUCCUUAUAAAGACAACAAACUGAGAACAUUUUCAUCAAUUUUCUGCCAAAAGUUUUCAAAUCUUGAAGUAAUUUAUUUAAGUGAUGCAGAACUGGAAUUAAUUGAUGAAGAUUCGCUGUCAAAUUGCAAGAAUUUGGAUAAAAUGACCUUAUUUGGAAACAAGAUUCGAGAAAUUCCAAAAAAUUUGCUGACUCAAAACUCAAAUCUGACUUAUUUUUUGAUAUCUGACAAUCAACUGACAACGUUGCCUGAAAAUUUGUUCCUCAAUCAAAAGGAACUUAGGAAUUUAGAUUUAAGUGAUAAUCAAAUAAAUGUCCUGCCCGGCAACAUUUUUCGCCCACUUGUAAAGCUUGAAGUGCUAAUUUUGUCCAAAAACAAGCUCCAAUCAAUUAAUCCAGAUUGGUUUGUGAAUUUGCAGAAUUUAAAGUGGUUAGGUUUGGAUGAAAAUCAAAUUGUAGAAAUUCCAUCAAAAUGUUUUGCAUCUCUUAAAAAUUUGGAAAUAUUUUGGAUUAACGAAAACAGAAUUAAAUCUUUAAAAUCGGACAACUUUAAUGGUCUUCAAAAUUUACACACAUUGUCUUUGUACAGCAAUGACAUUUCAGACCUGCCAGCUGGUGUCUUCACUCAGUUGACAAAUUUGCAAGAGUUAAGUUUAAAUAGCAACAAGUUGACAAAAAUUCACUCUGAUUCCUUCGGUGUUCACAGCCAGUUGGCAAGAGUUUAUUUCCAAGGUAACAAAAUCAACGCAAUUGAUCCAAAAGUCAUCGACAAAACAUCAAUUUUAAUCCUCAACAUGGCAAAUAACAUCUGCAGUCAGCUCCUUACAGAAACUAAAAGUAAAAUAAAACAAGAUCUGAAAAUGUGCUUCGAAAAUUAUCAACCGCGAAGUCAUCAUCAAGCUCAGUGUGGUAAAUCAUUGAAAGGACAAGGAAAUAUUAUCGGAGGAACUCAGAUUAGCAGCGGUGACUUUCCAUGGAUUGCAGCCUUAAUGACACCAAAAGGAAAAUACUUCUGUGGAGGAACUCUUGUGUCCAGUCAUAAAGUUGUCACAGCUGCUCACUGCAUCCAAGAAAAGAAGACUUAUAAUCGCUUAGCAGCCGGCGACUUGAUUGUUCUCCUGGGUGCACAUGAUUUGGAUAAUUCUAUUGAAAUUGGAAGAGUCUCUCAUGCUGUUUACAAAGUCAAUGUUCAUCCUGACUGGAACACCUUAACACAGGCAUAUGAUGCUGAUAUUGCAGUUUUGGUACUUGAAAAGGAAGUCACAUUCAACGAGCAUGUUCAGCCAUUAUGUUUAGCAAGCUCUAGCUCGAAAGCUGCAUCUAUUUCAUUUGGUGCUGUCAUUGGCUAUGGCAAAAGUGAAGAUGACACUAAAGACCAUGAAAACAUCCCAAAAAUCCUUUCCACUCCAAUUCAUAGUAAUAGUGACUGCUUACAUAAGUAUGAAGACCUAGCAUUGCUCUCAAGUGGACGAACAUUUUGUGGUGGUUCAGGCACAGGUGUUGGUGUCUGCAGAGGUGACAGUGGAGGUGGAUUAAUUGUGACUGAUGGAAGUGCUUAUUAUCUUCGUGGUGUUGUGUCAUCAUCAUUAAUUGGAGGACCUUAUGGAUGUGACGUCGACAUUUAUGCUGUAUUUACUGAUGUGACUAAAUUCGUCGAUUGGAUUAAUGGAAUUCCAACAGAUCGGUUUGCAGUACGUCGUAAGAAGUAGAACAGAUCCGCAUUUUGGCAAAAAUAAAACUUUUUGGUGAUGGAGUUAUUUUUUUUUAAAAAAAAUAAAUUUUUGGGGUUAUGUUACUAACACCACUAAAAAAAUGGGUCUGGAAUCAAAAAUAUUUUUCUUAAAUUAAUUUGUAAUUUUCAAAAAAAAAUUAUUCAAUAAAAAUGAUACUUAAUUGUCAAUAAUUAUCUAGCA